CAGGCUCCACAGCAGCGUCGGAACAGCAGCGGAUGUGCUGGGCUUCUGUGGACUGGACGGGUUUGCUUUGGGGGGGAAAGGAGCAGAAACUACAGUGAGACACGACCAGCCUGUAUUUUUCUUCUUUGCCUCAUUCUCUGUUGAGAAUUAAAAGUUGUGUCAGCGUAGAAGAAGAGAUCGGAUACGCGGAUGAAAUAUCGCAGGCUGCAUGUGAGCGUCUUGUUUAUGGUCGGAGUGCGCAGAGAGGAGCGAGGCCCUGGGAUGAGAGCUCUGCGUCGCUGCCCAGUCUCCCCCAGACCCCCCAGAGGAGGAGAACGCUGGGCGACACUGUGAGACCGUGUGGUGUGUCUGACACCGUCAGGCUGCCAUGGCUCUGGUUCAGGCGCUACCUGUGACUGACCACCCCACUCCCGGUGUCAACGUCCAGCAGUGCCGGCCGCUGUCGUCCCACUCCCCCCCAGGCCCCUGCUCCGGCACCUGUGGGCCCUGUAGCCCUGGGACAGCCAUGGGGUCCGUCAGCAGUCUCAUAUCCGGCCGCACGUACCAAGAGAGACAUUGUCGGGCCGCCAGCGAAUUCAGCGGCAAACCGCGCCGCUCCACUCCCGCCACCAGCUGUUUCCGCCUCCAGGAUAACACCCUCCGCAGUGGCAGCUCCCUGGAGCAGCUGCUGGUCAUCAGCAACCAGAUGCAGCCUCACGCCCAGGUUCUGCCUCCCCCGCUGCCCACCAAGAAGCAGCCGCGUGCCGGUAACUCCGCCGGGGCGGGCGGCAGCGACCCGGGCGCUGGCGCUGGGGCAGCGGGGGGUGGCACCAAUGGGAACUUUGGGUAUGUGAGCAGUGAGGUGGUAGUCGGGGACUGGAACGACAACCUCGUGGUGGCAGCUGCGAGCCCCUGCAGCGACUCGGAGGAUCACAGGGACAACAGGGCUGUGAAUGGCAACAUAGGAGGUCCUCCGCCUAAACUCGUCCCAGUGUCAGGACAGUUGGAGAAGAACAUGGAGAAAGUGCUGAUCCGUCCCACGGCGUUCAAACCCGUCAUGCCCAAGAAUCGCCACUCUGUGCAGUAUCUGUCGAGGCCGGGGGGCAGCGGCGUGUCCGAGAGCCAGGCCAGCCUCAACCUCGUGCUGCCCCCCGGGGGGUCCGGUAGCACCGGCGCCACCGGUGGCAAGAGAGGGAGCAGCAGCUCCAGUUCUGAAGGGAAUCGCAACUCCUACAACGGAUGCCGCAACGCUCGCAGCAGCCAGUCCUGCUCCAUGUCGGACUCAGGGAGGAACUCUCUCUCCAGCCUUCCCACUCACAGCAGCACGGGCUACAGCCUGGCCCCCAGCGAGGGCUCCAGCUCCGGGUCGGGCUCCGGGGCUCAGCUGGAGCCCGUCACCAGCCUCGGCCGAAACACCUCGGGAGGAAGCGGCAGCCACGGUCACACUAACUCAGACAGCGGGCGGUCCUCGUCCAGCAAGAGCACGGGCUCCGGCUCGCUGAGCGGCCGCGGGCAGCCCCUGUCCGACAGCGGCUCCUGUGGCCACUCCCCACACCCGGUGGAGGGGUAUGAGGUCGUGGUGAGGGAACUGGAGGAGAAGCUGAGGGAGCGAGACCUGGAGCUCCAGCAGCUGCGGGAGAAUCUGGACGAGAAUGAAGCCGCCAUCUGCCAGGUGUACGAAGAGAAGCAGCGUCGCUGCGAGGGAGAAAUGGAGGAGUUGAGACAGAGCUGUGCGGCCAAGAUGAAGCAGACGUCUCAGAAGGCUCAAAGGGCCCAGCAGGUGCUACAGCUACAGGUGUUUCAACUACAGCAAGAGAAGAAGAAGCUGCAGGAGGACUUCUCCUCGCUGCUUCAGGACAGAGAGGCGCUGGAGCGCAGGUGCGCCACCAUUCAGAGGGAGCAGACGCAGCUGGGCCCGCGUCUGGAGGAGACGAAGUGGGAGGUGUGUCAGAAGUCCGGUGAGAUCUCCCUUCUGAAGCAGCAGGUGAAGGAGAUUCAGUCGGAGCUCAGCCAGAAGGCUGGAGACAUUGUGGUGCUCAAGGCCCAGCUAAGGGAGGCCCGGUCUGAACUGCAGGCCAGCCAGAUCCGCUCCCAGGAGGCCCAGGUCUCCGUGCGUACGCGGUCUUUGGAGCUGGAGGUCUGCGAGAACGAACUCCAGAGGCGCAAGAGCGAAGCCGAGCUGCUCCGGGAGAAAGUGGGCCGCCUGGAGGAGGAAAUAACGCGGCUCCGGGACGCCCUGGCCUGCCACGGCGGACCCAGUGCAACCAUGAAGGGGCAGUGCACGAGUCUGAACCUCCAUCCGGGCAGAGGCCUGGCGGGGAGGGGGGGGCCCAGCCCCUCUGUGUACCGGGAAGGGGAGGAGACGCACCUCAUCUGGGGGGGAGAGAGCGAUGAAGCCAAGGCCCAGAGGCAGAACGCAGAGGCAGUGAUGGGCCUCAAACAGCAGGUGGACAGACUGAAGGCUGAGCUCAUGUACGAGAGGAGGACGAGUGAGGAGCAGCUCUCGCGGUUCGAGGACGAGAGGAGGGUGUGGCAGGAGGAGAAGGAGAAGGUAAUCGUCUACCAGAAGCAGCUGCAGCAGAACUACAUCCAGAUGUACCGUCGGAACCGCGACCUGGAGCGCGUGAUGCGGGAGCUCAGUCUGGAGCUGGAGAACAGGGAUGUGGACUAUGAGGUCCACAGCGGCAGCAACGACAUCCACUUUGAAGAAAUCACAGCCACCGAAAUCUAAGAGGUCCCUCGUUGAGCAACGCGUGCACAGAACCACGCACGACUGAACCAAACACGGAACUCCAAGCCAAAUGCUGCACUCUCUCCAUCGCGGCGUCGCCCGGAACACCGAGCGCGCGCUCCUCACUCGCCACUGUCAAAUGGGAGAUCUCCCAAAGGUGCAUUUUUUACUUCCUGGCAACAGAGACGCACAUAAAAAGUCCUUUAUACGGCGUGGACCCCGCAGCACGUCUAAGGGGCUUCAUUCCACUACAAAGCCAGCAUAAAGACUUCCCCCUGUGUGGCGGCAAGAAGCGCUUGUUUCUCACACCACAUUCAGAUCAGGGUAUCAGAACACGACGGGACCGAAGCAAAAAAAAAAAAAGCCCAGUCACGCGUCUGCGGGUAGAAGACAAGGUCAAAACACCCGAGCACCAGCAUGCAUGUAGUCGGACCACGGCGCCGCUGGCUGUUAAUGAAGACCAACAACAGCUGUUUGCACGUCGUCCUAUCAGACGAUCAGAAACUCACAUUGCUUCCUGGAAACAAUGAAAACCCUUCUGUCCUCGUUGUCAAGGAAGCGUCUGCUCUCGGAGGGAAACACAUUGUUAUUUUGCACCGGGCUUUUCUCCCGACCGCUUUCUUUGCUCACAUGUGGACAUCCUAUUCAGCGACUCAGACAACGCAGCAAACCUUGUCACACGUAUUUGCAUUGGCUGUUCUGUAGAACUUAGAGGCUGCCUGGCGUCAAGCCUCCGCCACUGCUGACUCUCCUUUUACCCUGUCAUUUUGUUUCUCUUCGUCUGCUCUCCGCUUCUUACGCAGCUAUUUUUAUAGGGGUGAAAAGUACCUCAGUGGUCGUAUCAAGCAACUAAAAAUGGAGCAUAUUCACUUUGUUCGUGACGUUGCUUAGAGAUUGGAGCCGGCGUUUGAACCAGAGCUUAUUCAGAGUUUGCGUUUAUUCUCCUUUAUUCCCGUUAGUGCUCUUUAUUUAGCUCCUGGCAGCCCAGAGCCAAGUAACUAAAUCUUCAAGUCUUCCUAGUCUCCCCUGGACUAUAAUCCUCACUGAAUGCCAUACAGAUAGUGGGAGUCGGCAUGUCUGCAUGUCUUUGUUCUGUCACAUUUCGGAGGCAGUAACUGUCCUCCGGCACGUCGGUGGUUGAAGCGAGGCGCGCGUUAACGAAUGAAGCUGUGGGACGCUCAGUUGUCUCGCGGAAUGAGACUCAGCACUCAGAAACGAAGCAGUGGGAUGACAACUUUUGUUUUACAAAAAGUCUAUUGAGAAAUAAUAGUUAAAUGCUAUUCUAUAUAAUGGAGGAGAUGUUGUAUAUUUUUUAUAUAUAGCACCUGAAGAUAUUUUGUUGUAUUACUGCUACAAGUGUGGGUUUAAUAUUCAAAGUAUAAAGACUUCUACAUAUUUAAAUAUAUCUAUGACACAAGAACAUUUUAAAUGAUGGAUCAAUUACAAAUGGAGGCGGCAUCAUAGAACCUACUACUGCAUGAAAAUCUGUUUACAUCAUAUACUCUCUGUGACACAAACAUCAACCAAACAACAACCCGACGACCAAACGUCCCACUGGGCUCAGUUUUGAGCUGUUGUCGCUCCAUUUUCAUUGAUGCAUCCUUUGAUUGUCAUAUCAUAAUAUCACAAUGAUCCAUGUCUUCAAUGUUGGGUUCUAUGCACGUUAUUCCUUUAUAAAUGCAUGACUUCUCCAGUAAGAUGGGGCCAGAGCAGAUGCAAAGCGAGGACGUGUCAUCUUCACUACACUUGGUAAAUAAGAUAAAUCUCCUUUCAGACAGUUUCAGAGCAGUAUAAUCGAUCGGUCUUUAGUUUGCAUGACAUUACAGUAACUGUGGUUUAUGGGAUAACGUACACAACUCAACGUCUGUAAAAAAAAAAACAAGGAGGGUUUUUACUUCACCAAACUAAUCCAGACUGUUAGUUCCAACAGAUACAGACCACAACUCAAACCAAACCCCUCACUGAAAACCACUGUGCGUCCCAGACGUUCAUUUUUUCCCUGGUCAAAAUCGCGUGAACCAUCAUCUGUGUAAAUAUGUAAAACACUAAAUAGCAGAGUAUAACAGAGUGACAUUGUCUUUCGUUUAGACAAACAUAUCUAUUUCCAACGUAGCCACUGUGACUAGACCAAAGCAAAUGUAACACAUUUCUUUUUCGUGGCAUUUUCUUUUCCUUUUGUGAGCAUUCUUUUAUGUUUACUUGUUGUGUUGUCGUUAAUUCAUAAAGUAUUAGUAAGUUGUAUGUAUAUUUUUACGUGUACAUUUCUUGUACAAAUUUACUGUUUUUAAUUAAAAAACAAGUUGUCACAUG